GUAGACGCCACCCCCUCCCCUUCCCCUUCCCGGAGUGCUGACAUCGCGGGGCCACCGAGUGCGGUGGCUAGCGGCCAGCACUGGGUGUGCCAGUGCCGACAGGACAACAGGCGCGAGGCCAGCGCUCAUUUCAAAUUCAUCCAAUUCAAAUUCAAAAUCCCUCGUCGGCUAUCGACUGGUCUAUCGAGCGCCCGCGCACUCGCCCUGGGGGUUCCCGGGGGCCAUUAUCUUAUCCGCGAGUGGCCACGCGCUGCCGUGUUGUGGGCAGCAGCAGCAGCAGCAGCAGCAGCAGCAGCAACAUCGGUGGUGCAUCGGUUUUAAUUAAAAGAGGCGAACAAGCGAUCGAACCCCUCGCUGUUGCAACGGUCGAGUUUGAGGUAGGUUCCGGUGCAGGCCAACUGCGCCACGCUCUGCUCAGUUCCGUUUCCGACGUUCCGACGAUGAGCUGCGGCACGACGACGAUGCAGUGUGGCGUGGGCAACGACACGGACCCGGACACGGACGUGGCGGCAACGGUAGCGACGGCGUGGGCCAACAACGCAUCGCUGCCGAUCGGUCCGUUCCGGCGGCCCGAGCUGGGCCUGAACGUGCCGUACGCCCUGUUCGAGGGGCUGGUCGCGCUGACCGCCAUCUUCGGCAACACGCUCGUCAUCGUGGCGUUCAAGCGGGAGCGCAAACUGCGCCGCCGAACCAACUUCUACAUCAUCUCGCUGGCGUCGGCCGAUCUGCUGGUCGGCACGUUUGGCAUCCCGUUCGCCAUCCUGUCGUCGAUCGGGUUGCCACGGAACCUGCACGCCUGCCUCUUCACCAUCUCGCUGCUGGUGGUACUCUGCACCAUCUCGAUCUUCUGCCUGGUUGCCGUCUCGAUCGACCGCUACUGGGCGAUCCUGCAUCCGCUUGCCUACUCGCGCAACAUGCGCACCAAAACGACCAUCGGUAUCAUCAGUGUGUGCUGGCUAAUCGGAUCGAUCAUCGGCUUUCUGCCGCUGUUCGGCUGGCACGAGGAACCGGACGAGGACACCUGCCUGUUCGUUAAGGUGAUGGACUACGACUAUCUGGUGUUUCUUUAUCUGUUCACGAUCAUCAUACCGGCAGUGCUGCUGCUGGCGUUCUACAUCCACAUCUAUCGUGUCAUCAUCCGGCAGCGCAAGCAGAUCGUCUCGAUGAACUCGGUGGAUGCGCGGUUUUCGGAGAGUCUGCCCAACCUCACAAACAGCGAUGGCCGCCCCGGUACAGCGGGAGGUGGUGGUUCGUGCCGCCUGGCGGGCGGGCUCGUGAAGCGGCGCUCGAGGAAGGACAACUACGCCGGUUCGAUGCUGCGGGUGCUACGAGCGGCCCAGAAGCGCGAGGUGAAGGCCACGCAAAACCUCUCCAUCAUCGUGCUGUUUUUUAUGGUCUGCUGGAUGCCGCUGCACACGAUCAACUGCAUCAUGGCGUUCUGUCCGCACUGUCAGAUCUGCGGCGCAGUCAUGCUGUUCGUCAUUACGCUCUCGCACCUCAACUCGGCCCUCAAUCCGCUGCUUUACGCCUACCACCUGAAGGACUUUCGCGAGGCUCUCAAGCGGUUGCUUCUCGGUCUGUGCGGCCUGAAUCCGCCCGAGACCCGCCGCGAACCGGACUUCAUCAACUGCAUUUCGACGAUAGCGAAUCAUCACAACCUACAGCAGCAGCAGCAGCAGCAGCAGCAACAGCAGCAGCACGAUCAACACCACCACUUUCAACAGAUUGCACGGUAAACGGAGCAUGCCAUUUGGGCAUGGCUUGCAGGCCUAUUAACUUUGGUAUUAAGCGCGCUUCUUCACAGUCACCGUUAUCAGUGGUUCGGCUGAUCACUGUACUCACCAUGGCUUUCUGCUAUAGCUCCGUAGUGCACCGUUACUGUGCAGUCCACGCUCUCGCUCGAAUGUUUGUGUGUGUGUGUUGGAGUGGGCGCUCCUGGGAAUGCUACAAGCAAAUUUAGAGCAUCUAAUGCAGGGGUCCCAAUCUCGUAUUAGCAUUAUGUGGGCCGCAGUUUAAUGUAGCAACCAUUCCGCGGGCCAUUUCAUCACAUAAUUUGGAGAUGCAUCCGCGAGUUUGAGAUCCCU